AUGGAAGUUGAUACGGGGGCCGUCUACUCGGUGAUUGGCGAAGCGGAGUUCACGAGGCUGUUUCCAGGGAUGGUACUAGAAAAUUCCGAUCUCAAGCUGAGAGACUACUUCGGCCAUCAAUCCGCGGUCGUGGGGAAAGCGACAGUGCUGGCCAAAUUCGGAGAAAAACACGCUCGACUACCAUUGUUCGUCGUCAAGAGCGGUACGCGAGCUCUGCUAGGAAGGAACUGGGCGAAAGCUUUUGGUAUGCCGCUCGACAGUCUGCUGAACGUGCACUCGGUCGAUGACGUGAAGGACCUGAUAAGCCGAUUUCCUGAUGUGUUUUCAGAAGGUCUCGGUAACUUUGCAGGAGUGAAGGCCAAGAUAAGAGUGCCAGAGGACGUGAAACCACGUUUCUUCAGGCCGAGACCAGUACCAUUUGCUCUGCAGGACAUGGUGGCGCAGGAACUACAGCGGUUGCAGCGAGAAGGUAUCCCCAGGCCAGUGCGAACCGCGGAAUGGGCAGCGCCGUUGGUUCCAGUUUUGAAGAAGGACGGAAAAAUUCGAUUGUGCGGGGACAAGGUCACGGUAAACCGGGCAGCAGAUAUCGAGACGUACCCGGUGCCACGGGUCGAAGAAAUAUGGGCACAGCUGGCGGGAGGCGUGAUGUUCUCCAAGUUGGAUCUGCGGGAUGCAUACCAGCAAGUGGAGUUGGAUGAGGAGUCGAAGAAAUUGGUGACUAUCAACACACAGCAGGGACUUUUUCAGUACAACCGACUGCCAUUCGGAGUGGCAUCGGCACCGGCAAUUUUCCAGCGGGAAAUUGAGUGUCUGCUUCGCGGUUGUCGCCGGACUGUCGUGUAUUUCGACGACAUACUUGUGUCUGGGGUCUCCGAUGAGGACCACCGUAACAACUUGGAAGAAGUGCUGAGGCGACUGAGUUGCGCAGGGUUAAGGUUGAAGCUUCAAAAAUGUGUGUUCGAGACAACAAGCGUGGAGUACCUGGGAUAUGUCAUCGAUAAGCACGGCCUGCACCCACCACCUGAGAAGAUCGAGGCCAUCGUACGAGCACCGGCCCCAUCUGACACACGGGAAUUGCAGAGCUACCUCGGUCUCCUCAAUUUUUACCGAAGAUUUCUGCCGAACUUAUCAACGGUGCUGCACCCAUUGCACGUGUUGCUCAAAAAAGACACGUCAUGGCACUGGGGGGCCAGACAGGAAGCAGCAUUUACGCAAAGCAAGCAGUUACUGACAUCUGCAGAGGUGUUAGUUUAUUAUGACACCAAGUUACCUCUAUUACUAUGUUGUGACGCAUCACCUUAUGGCAUUGGAGCGGUACUGGCACAUCGGAUGCCGUCUGGAGAGGAGAAGCCUGUGGCGUUUGCAUCAAGGCGAUUAACGGCAGCUGAAAAGAACUACAGCCAAUUGGAUAAGGAAGCGCUGGCAGUGGUGUUCGGUGUGCUGAAGUUCCCCCAAUUUGUGUGGGGAAGACCCAUUGACAUUUUCACCGAUCACAAAUCGUUACUGGGACUGUUCGGCCAUGAGAGCCGCAUACCACUUCAAAGUUCGCCAAGAGUGCUGAGGUGGGCUCUAACAUUGAGCGGCUACAACUACAGAUUAUGCUACAGGCCAGGAGCGAGAUUGGGCAAUGCAGACGCUUUGAGUCGACUGCCGCUUGUUAGGGCUCCACUGGAGGAUUCCAGAAUUCAGGAUGUGUUCAUGUUGGAAGGGGCAUACCCAGGUGUCCUCUCAGCAGCUGUAGUGGAGUCUGCAACCGAUCAGGACCCAGUGUUAGCUCCCUUGCGUGUGGCGUUGUGGUCGGGAGAACACUUGCCACCAGGGCAAGAGUGGCGGCCUUUUGCAAACCAAAUGGAGGAAUUCUCGAUGAUGGAGGGCUGUGUACUAAGAGGGAGCCGGGUGGUUGUUCCAGUAUCACUAAGGGCGGCAGUGUUGGACCUUUUGCAUGAGAGCCAUCCAGGAGUUGAGAAAAUGAAGUUAGUGGCCCGUAGUCACGUGUGGUGGCCGGGCAUUGAUGAGGACAUGGCUAUGCAGGUGGGCAGGUGCAAGGUCUGCCAGGUGUAUCGGAAUGCUCCCAAGCCAAUACAGCAGGCGCCAUGGCCGUUCCCUGAGCGAGCGUGGUCUCGUUUACACGUCGAUUUUGGUGGGCCGUUUCAAGGUGUGUACUUCUUAGUACUCGUGGAUGCAUUCUCCCAAUGGGUGGAAGUGAUCCGAGUGGCGUCACCGUCGGCGGAGUCGACAAUUGCAUGCCUCCGCAACAUCUUUGCUUGCCAUGGAUUACCAGACGUCAUAGUGAGCGACAAUGGACCUGCCUUCACAAGUGCAACCUACAAGUCGUUCUUGGCUCGUAAUGGGGUGCGUCCUAUUUUGAUCCCACCAUACCAUCCCGCAUCCAAUGGGGCCGCUGAGAGGGUGGUACAAACUGUAAAAGACAAGCUCAAGAAGACGCAGCCUGGAAAUUUUGAGUGUCGAGUUGCUAGAAUUUUGUUAGCGUACAGAAGCACACCCCAUGCCCUCACCGGUCGUUCCCCGGCAGAACUAUUGAUGGGUCGACGGCUAAAGACAGCGUUAGAUUUGCUGAAGCCAGACUUGCACAGCAAGGUACAAUUCCGACAGUUACAGCAGAAGGUGCGCAGCGAUUCUGCAGCCAGAAGAGAACCAGUUCCCCUGGUUGGCGACACUGUCUGGGCAAGAAACUUCAGGCCAGGACCCAGAUGGGUGCCAGCAGUCGUCGGAGGAGCCACCAGCUCAUCAUCAACUGAGGUGCAGCUGGCAGAUGGCACAGUGUGGAACCGACAUGCAGACCACCUGCGGCGCCGCCUCGAAGGCACAGAGGAGUCGCCCACAUCGGGAAGAGGCAGCGACAAUGGGCAGCAAAUACAAGUGCCAAUUUUGCAGCCAUUUUUAGACGAAACAGAAGCAACGACGCCAGCGCGUGCUGCCACUCUGGGGGGUGAGGCACAAACAAGCAUGCUACCUAGGCCGGUGGAACCGAGUGACCACGCAAUGACCAGUCCUGCUGACGCUGAAGCUGUUUCCCAGACACCGGUGCUUCGGCGGUCUGUCAGAACGCGCCGACCCGUGCAACGGUAUUCACCGUAA